UUAUCCGAGACGGACCGCUCUAGUUUGCUGCGCUCUGGCGGCUGGCUUCCAUUGUUGAGCUUCGCACACCCGCUGCUUCCGACGAGACGCCGCCGCUGUGGCCAGUGUCCGCCCCGGGCGCCCAGAACUCGACAUUACUGCAGGACCAGGACUCUGCUGCCCUAGGGGUGAUGGAUCAGCCGCCGCCCUCCGGCCCUAGCUCGCAAGUCGCCGCCCUAAUUCCUCGAAUUUUCUGGCCAGCGGAUGUUGAUUUUCGGUUUUGUGGAUUGAUCCAUAUCAAUUUUCCUCUGUUAAAUGGAGGUACAACAUGGAUAAGUAUAUCUUCUCAAAAGAAAAAGCGCCGUCUUUACAGCAGAAUUAUGCUCUGGAAGGCUUCGAUUGGCCGGACGAUGUGAUUUGCCAAUGCUGACCUUUUCUGCAAGUGGUUUCGUCCUUUGUUUCUUCACCUUGAUGUCAAGGGAGGAGAUGAUGUGUGCCCACCUUUCUCUUGUGGACAUCUCCAAGACAUAUCAUAUCCUUUCCGUCGGCAAGGCGAUCCUGUUGAGUGUGGUGUCAAAGAAUAUGAGCUGAUUUGUAGCAGUAGCGGCAAGGCUACAAUUCAGAUCAACACAGGAACAUACUAUGUGACAGCCAUCAAUAACGGUAGUAAGUACUUCUCGGUCAUGGACGCCAACUUCCAUACCAGCAGCAGCUGCCCUCUUCCAAUGUGGAAACCCUUUAACUGUUACAGAUACAACAGCAAAACUGACUCUUAUGUUUUCAAUUUGUGCGUUGAAGAGUUCUACAUCGCAUGUUUUGCUAAUUGUUCCCGAGCAAUAACGAAUAAUAGUGUGUACAAGCCUGUUGAUUGCCUGAGUGCCAACAAUUCCCAUGUUUAUGUCUUGGUGUCUGAACUGGGCUGUAGCGUUCACGAGCUUGAACCUUAUUGUGGAUACUUGGCCAUGAGUCCGCUUUCUUUUGGUGACAACCAUUCUUCUGAUUGGCUACAGCCACAAAAUACAAGCUACGAAGAUAUCACACAACUCAUAAGGAAGGGGUUUGUUGUCGGCUUUCCUGGUGAAACCACUACCAGACCCUGGCGGCGCGGUGUAUGUGUGACCAUCAAUAGAUGCCUCAACAAUUCAAUCAGCUACUUCAAGGAGCAAACAUCUGGCGGAAGCAUCAUGAAUUGGACUCAUGCUUUUUUCUGGAGUGAGAUACACUUCUUAGAAUGUGUGAUCACAUCCAGUAAUAACUACUACACAACAAGGUCGCUAUUGGUUGUUACAACAAUAGUAUCUUCUAUUGCUAUCCUCAAGUUCAUUUUCGUACUAUGCAGGUUUGUGUUGGCACCCAUGGUUGUAUGGAUAUUCCUAGCCUACAAGUACUGGAAAACAAGGAUCACAAUUGAUGUAGUCGAGAAGUUCCUCCGGAUUCAACAAAUGAUUGGCCCGACGAGGUACGCCUACACAGACAUCACUGCAAUCACAGGCCAUUUCAGAGAUAAAUUGGGCCAAGGGGGCUAUGGCUCUGUGUACAAGGGCGUGCUACUCCCAGGGGAUGUACAUGUCGCCGUGAAGAUGCUAGAGGGCAACUCCAGCUGCAACGGAGAAGACUUCAUCAGCGAGGUCUCCACCAUCGGCAGGAUCCACCACGUCAAUGUGGUGCGUCUAGUGGGGUUCUGCUCAGAGGAAAUGAAAAGAGCCCUUGUCUAUGAGUACAUGCCCCAUGGUUCUCUGGACAAGUACAUCUUCUCGGCCGAGAAGAGUUUCUCAUGGGACAAGCUCAACGAAAUCGCUUUGGGCAUCGCCAGGGGGAUAAACUACUUACAUCAGGGGUGCGACAUGCAGAUUCUGCACUUUGACAUCAAGCCACACAACAUCCUUCUAGACAGCAAUUUCGUCCCAAAGGUUGCUGAUUUCGGACUCGCCAAACUGUACCCAAGGGACAACAGUUUCGUGCCACUGAGUGCCUUGCGGGGAACCAUUGGUUACAUAGCUCCAGAGAUGAUAUCCCGGAGCUUCGGCGUCAUAUCCAGCAAGUCCGACGUCUACAGCUUCGGGAUGCUGCUGCUGGAGAUGGCCGGAGGAAGAAGGAACGCUGACCCAAAUGCGGCGAGGUCGAGCCAGGCGUACUACCCAUCAUGGGUGUAUGACCAGCUGACCCAGCAAGAAGCGGGCGAGAUAUCGCCCGCUGCUGACAUGCAUGAGCUGGAGAAGAAGCUAUGCGUUGUCGGGUUAUGGUGUAUCCAGAUGAAGUCUCAUGAUCGGCCCACCAUGAGCGAGGUCAUAGAGGUCCUGGAAGCUGGUGCCCAUGGCCUGCAGAUGCCUUCCAGGCCGUUUUUCUGCGACGAAGAGCACAUCCAUGUCGAGGAUUCUUACCAUUUCGCUUCCGAGCUGACUGCCGUAUCGGAGGAGGACGGAGACGAGUGAAAUAUAUAUCAUGUGUUGUUCUAAUGCCUCUUUUAUGACUUUAUGGGGUGAUGCACUUUGCUCAUGAUGUUAUGAUUGUAGUUGUAUCGAGCACGAAAUAAUAUCCACUGUUACUGUAAGCUUUUGAAUACUAUAAUUGAGGUGAUCUGUAUUUUGUGGAAGCUAAACUGAUCUUCGUAGCAGUUUCGUCUGCAAAAUAUUUUGUACUA